GGCAUAGGUGUGAAGGGCUGGUGCACGGAAACAACAAUAUGAUGCAGAGCUGUGAAACAAAGGGUCUCUUUUAGCGAUUUACUGAGACAUCUAAUUAUUACGUAUUUUGAGUUUUUGAGAUCAGAUGAAUUGUACACCUAGUGUAAUUCGUAUAGUGCUAUUUAUCUUGUGAAACAGACUGGAGCGAUAAAGAUAAACUCUUUCAGGGAUGUUUUUGUGUGUGACUCUCCUGACUGUCCUAUACAACUUUAUGGAAUCUCAAUCAGAGCCACUACAGGUGGUUGGUCCAGAAGCUCCUCUUGUUGCAGCAGUUGGUGAAGAUCUGGUUCUGCCCUGUUUCAUUAAACCCAACACCAGUGCUGUGGACAUGACAGUGGAGUGGUUGAGAGUAGAUGAAGCGGCUUCACUAGUGCAUCUCUAUAGGGAUCAUGAAGAUAAAAAUGAAGAUCAGGAUCAGUCCUACAGAGGAAGAACAUCACUGUUUAAAGAGGAGCUACACAAAGGUAACGCUUCACUCAAACUCUCAGCUCUCCAAGUCUCUGAUGAAGGAGAAUAUAAGUGUCUCAUUGAGGACAAAUCCUGGUAUGAUGACAUCACUGUUCAUGUUAUUGUUGAGGUUCUAGGAAGCCACCCAGUGAUCAGGAUGGAGAGUUAUGAUAACUCAGGAGGGAUUAAUCUAGUGUGUGAGUCCAGAGGCUGGAACCCUGAACCUGAGGUUCUGUGGCUGGACAGAGAAGGAGCCACUCUGCCUGCUGAAGAUACACAGAUACACAGAGACACUGAGGGCUUCAGUGUGAAAAGACGCAUCACUGUUUAUGAGUCCAACAGGUUUUACUGUAGACUUCAACAAAAACAUCACAUGAUGGAGGCAGAUAUUACCAUUAAUAGUGAAGUCUUUGGUGUUUGUAAGUGGCCUGUCUACAUUGCAGUUUCAGCAUGUCUUGCUGUUGGAUUGCUAGUAACAUGUGUUUUUGGACUGAUACUAACUGCUUUUGGUUACAAGAAAGAACUUCAAAUAUACAAGCAAAAUGCAGGGCUUCAUGAGGAGAAGAACCUUGCAGCCUCAGAGAUGGAGAAGCAAAAAGCAGACCUUCUAAAGAAGAGGUUAUUUGCAGUGGAUGUGACUCUGGAUCCUGAUACAGCUCAUCCUGAACUCACUGUGUCUGAUGAUGGAAAACAAGUGACACAUGGAGACACAUGACAGGAUCUCCCUGAUACACCACAGAGAUUUAAUGAUCUCUGUGUUCUGGGAAAGCAGAGUUAGGAAAGGAGAUUUUAUUAUGCGGUGCAGGUCAGAGGGAAAUCUGCAUGGACAUUAGGAGUUGUGAGAGAGAACAUUAACAGGAAGGAGUGGAUUCCACGGAGUCCUCAGACUGGAUUCUGGACUGUGGGGGGUCUUAUGAGGAGGGUCUGGUCUCCUUUUAUGACGUGAAGUCCAGCUCUCAUAUCUACUCUUUCACUGAGAAACUUUAUCCAUACUUCAAUCCUUGCUAUAGUGAAAAUGGUAAUUCAGCACCACUGAUCAUCUCUGCUGUUACUGAAUAAAUAUCUGAUUUAUAUUUUUUAACAUUUUGAACUUUUGUAAAUAAUGGAUUUAUUCAUCUCUAGACAUUUAGGAAUUUUAUAAAGACGCAUGAAUGUUACUGGAUUAUUUAGAGCUUAUGUGCUGUUAAUAUGAUUCCUGUCAUUAAAGCUGCCAUCUGUGCUACUUUCUAGCUCUCACUUGAGUUGAAUUUAGAGUGUUAACUAACAUUUUCUCCACCACUAAAAAUCACCACUUAUUAUAGUUGAGAAUCUGACACCUUGCCAGGUGUAUAUCUGUUAAUGAGGUGCGUUUUCAGGUUAGGAUGCUAUUUAAUGCUGUUUUAUUCUGUUUAUUUUCUCCACAUGAUGUCAGUUCUUAGUGAAUGUUGUUAAUAUUUGGUAAAUGAUCGGUAAGGUUUGUUUUGUAAUUGGUUGUGUGGAUGUAUUUGGAUUAGACCUGCAUCUCUACACAGACCUGCAGUUUUAAUCUCAGCUGAAGGUAUGGAGGAUUCACUAACAUGGCAGUAGUUAGUAACUGUGACUAAUGUGGCAUUUACAGAUUUGUUCUAUUUCUGGAUGUCUUGUUUGAAGAAAAUACAGGGUUUAUAAUAGUAAUAAUAAUAAUAAU